GCGGCGAGGGCGAAGCGGGGCAGCGCCGCCUCCUUCCUCCUCCUCCUCCUCCUCUCCUCCUCCUCCUUCCAGCCGGUGCCGCGGAGCGCAGGAGCCACCGGGGGCGGGAGCGGCCCCGCAUGCGGCCGGUGCCCGCGGGGGGAUGCGCCGCGCCCCGGCCCCGCCGCCGCCGCCGCCGCAAACUUUCCGCGGGGCCGUGAACCGGCAGGAGGAGGAGGAGGAGGAGAGCGACAAAUCCCUGAGGGGGCGACCCCAAAAAAAAACCCUAAAAAAGAAAAACUACCCCCAAAAGCGGCGCUUUUCCCAGCCAGCGGUUCCUCGGUAAAACUUACCGAACUCGGCGUGGGGAAGCGGCGGGAGGAGGAGAACCGGGAGGGGAAGAACCGGGAGGAGGGAACCGGGAGGAGAGAACCGGAGAAGAACCGGGAGAAGAAGAACCGGGAGCAGAACCGGCACCGAAAGCAGAACCGGGAGCAGAAGCAGCAUCGGGCGGGGAAGAACCGGGAGGAGGAGAAGCACCGGGAGAAGCACCGGGAGGAGCACCGGGAGCGGCGGCAGCACCGGCAGGCUCCGCUCGAUGCGGCGCUGAGCCCCCGCGGCCCCGCGGAGCCAUGGCCAUGGUGGCCGGCGCUUGGGGCGAGCCGAACGGCGGCGGAGCCGGCGGCACCGGAGGCGGCGGCGGCGGAGCGGAGGAGGCGGCGUCCCCCGGCGGCGGCGGCAGCGACGCGGAGCACGGCGAGGAGGAGCGGCCCGGGGCCGGCGCGGACUGCGUGGUGUGCGGGGACAAAUCCAGCGGGAAGCACUACGGGGUGUUCACCUGCGAGGGCUGCAAGAGCUUCUUCAAGCGCAGCAUCCGCAGGAACCUCAGCUACACCUGCAGGUGA